AUGCUGGACCUGGUGAUCUUGGAGCAGUUCCUGGCUGUCCUUCCACUGGAGAUGGAGAACUGGGUGAGGGAAUGCGGAACAGAGACCAGUACCCAGGCAGUGGCGCUGGCCGAAGGUUUCCUCCUGAGUCAGGCAGAGGAGAGAAAGCAGGCAGAGAGAAAGCAGAGACAGGAUCUGUUUGCAGAAAUGGGCCCAGAUUCCUCUGAGACCAAAAGGACUCCAUUGGACACCAGAGAGAGGCUGCUGGGUGGUGAUGAUUUGGAAAUUGAGAAAGAGGACGCCCAUGACAGAAUCCACACAGUGGAGAAGCCAUUGCCACUCUUGGAGUGUGGAGAGAGCUUCAGUCACAGCUCCCAUUCGACUACCCACCAAAGAAAUGCUAUUGGGAAGAAACCCUCUCAGUUCUCUGAAUGGCGGGAAACUUUCUGUUGGAAUGAAAGCCUCACUUCACAGGAAAUAAUUCCCACAGGGGAGGACCCACUGAAAUACUUGGAAUGUGGAAAGAGCUUCAGUAACAGUGCACAUCUCAUUUCACAUCAAAUAACUCACAGCAGGGAGAAACCCUAUCAGGGCUUGGAUUGUAGGGAAAGCUUUAAUACAAGCACAACCUUCCAUAAACAACAGAGAAUUCACAGGGGGGAGAAGCCAUUUCAAUGCCGAGUGUGUGGAAAGAGCUUCAGUCAGAGCACCCAUCUCACAGCCCAUCAAAUAAUUCAUACAGGUGAGAAACCCUAUCAGUGCUCGGAAUGUGGGAAGAGCUUUAAUCACAGGGCGAAUCUCACGGCCCAUCAAAGGAUUCACAGUGGUGAGAAACCCUUUCAGUGCUCAGAAUGUGGGAAGAGUUUCACUGUGAGCUCCGGUGUCCUUGCAACACCUCCCCUUCCGGUCUGCUCCCCUUUCUCCCUCUAUCUGCUCAUCGCCAUCCCCCCACCAGUCCCCAGGAUCUAA